CUGCUAAAAAAAGAACGUUUGAAUUUCUGCUUAUCAGACCCCAGAGGAUUCAUCCCACCGUUGUUUGCUUUGUCUUUUUUUUUCUCCUUCAAUUAUUUUCUUGUCCCUAUCCGUGCAACCUUUGCCCAUUUUCUUUUUUAUUUUCUAUAUAUAUCAGUGUCCCACAUUCUAAAAUUUCAGCAAUCUCCUUCAGCUUUAUUCAAAAAGCUUUGCGCGUACGGAACCAUAGAGGCUGUCGCUAUGGAAGCUUAUUCAUCAUCUUCAUCAAAGGUUCAACAGCCUUUUCAUGCAUCACUUCAUUCAGUUCGUAAACCAUUGGCAAAGCCCUGUAAGAAGCCAAUUGCUCCAUUUCCACCAAAACCACCUAAAGUUUACAAGGUCGACCCUAUAAACUUCCGGUACUUGGUUCAAAAGCUUACUGGUGCACCUGAGUUCAUGUCUCAAUCUCAUCAUCAGAAGUUGUCGACGACGUCUCAGCUUCAGCUGCAGCCUCGUCACCAUCUCCGAAGAGUGGCACCUCGCCCUCUUAAUGUUGUUGCAGCAUCGCCAUUGUCUGGGGCAGAAGUUUCUGCACCAUUUGAUCUCAUUUCUGGAUUAGAUCAUACUAAAUCCCAGAACCAGCAAUUCUCAGAUAAUGCAAUGAUUACAUCGAAUUCACUUGGAUUCAACUUGUCACCAUCCUCUUAUAAUUGGUGCGCUUUCCCUAUUCUCAGUCCUGGAACUUUAUCCAGCUUGGAGCAAAGCACUGUUCCUUAGAUAUAUAUGUCAAGUAUAUCAAAACCUACUAUAUAUCCUGAUAGUUAAGGCCAAUUUGGAAGUUACUUCUCGUUUUUCAUUCUUGCUUGAGCUUAACGAGAAUGUAUCUACGAUUAAAUCUACAUUCUUUUGUUUGAAGUACUUAAGUUACAUACUGGAAGAACUAAUGAUGUUUGAAGAAGUCUUCAUCUGUUGAUCAUUCAAAUGUAAAUUAGUUCAGCCACUACUGUCAUGAAUAAAGCCAUCGAUUUAUGCACAACUUUAUUUUUCAGAUAUUGGCUUCAAAAAGUUCUUUGCUUAGUGUCCCAAGAUA